UUAUAUAAAGGCAAGGGCCUCGUCUGUUGUUUCAGUCAAAGAGAACAGCCGUCAACCUUAUCACGUGUUUGAGUAAACGGACCUGUUCCAUCAUCAAAAGCAAUUUGUGACAGCAUCUGGUUAGUGUCGCCAUGAAUCCUCGGGGAUGCUGUACCGUUACAUUGUUCAUCGCUAUAUUGAUGGUUGUGGAACUGCCCAAAACUGAAGCAUAUUACGGCGUCAAUAUGCAGGAACUCUCCAAAUACUGUGAGGCCUGUAUGCUGUGGGGAGGGGCGCCUUUCUACAAACAUCCCAAACAUUGCCACAAGUACAUCCAUUGUUUCUACGGCUCAAACAACACGGUACUCGGUACGGAGAUGAACUGUCCAGAAAGAACCUUCUGGUCACAGGAUGACCUCACGUGCAGACCCCAGAACGAAGUCAAAUGCAAACAUGAUCCCUGUAAGUUACCGGGUCGCACCACCUACUCGGACGGACGGACGUGCAAUGGCUACUGGAAAUGCCGGGGUGACGCCCUGCCCCACAAGAAGUGUUGUCCCAAGGGUCAGAGGUACGACGACGGCAAGGAAAUGUGCAUAAAUGACAAAAACUGCACGGAGGGGUGCCAGAAAAAAUUUCAACUCACUGAUAAUUUUUUACCACAAUGCGAUAGCCGAGCCUUUGAAGGCGACAAUCGGUACUACAUGAGGAGGGUGCAGAGUGGGGCAUUCGUCAAGAUGCCCUGCAGUCCCGGCACACGGUUUAAUAUCGGCACGUGCAGCUGUUCGGAGUACGAUGAGGAUUUCUCCACAGAAGUAGAAUGCUUGCCAUUCUUUUACUUUCCUUUGGACACGGACUUCAGGGACAAGACGUAUAACGACCUCCGUACAGGUGACGUCAACGUCAAAAUCCAGGCGGCCGCCGGGGCCACAGGAGGAAAAGCGGCCUAUUUUGACGGUAAAAGCAAGCUGACGGUGUGGGCACUCAACAACAUGGAGUUCGGGUCGCACUUCGCUCUGACGUUCAGGUUUAAGGCUGAUGGACCGACGUACCGGAAGGAUAACCGAUAUGACCGGAACUUGCCAGUGGCACUGGUGGACAACAGUGACUGUGAUCGGAAUGCCACGUUCGGGAUCGCCCUCUCCUCUGAUGGCGUCUCCGGAACGGUGUUUGGGGGCUUCCUCCUGGAAGAUAGCAGCAUUAUCACCAGGAACGUGGGCAACAUCCCCAUGGGAAGUUGGCAUGACGUCAGACUGGUCAAAGAUGACAGCUAUUUCGAGCUCAAAGUUGACAACACUAUUGUGACAGGAGAAGCUGCUGGUAACAUCAAGAGACACCCAUGUUCAAUGACGAUAGGUAUGGGCACCGGCCUCAACAACUUCCGGGGUUUUAUUGACGAUAUCCGGUUCUAUAAGUGCAAUCCUGGCUCAAAGCAGGAACAGAAACCUGCAAACCAAGUCUAUGAAAAAGUGAAACCGAAACAGUAACAGCUAGAUGGGAUUUUUUUUUUGUUUCUCACGUUUGAUUGUCUGAUAUAAACCAUGUUUUCUUUAUUUGUACAUAAUCAUGCAUGAAUGCAUGAGGUAAGUUUUGUUUUGUUGUUAUGGUGUUGUGAGAUUUUAUCAGUGCUGACUGAAAUGCAGUAUAUGGGAUGUAUAUACUUCUGGUCUGUCAUCCUCUUAAAAAGUCUUUUCACAGUUUCAAAGAUCUGUAAAAUUGCAGUACUUAGCCUAAUUGUUUUUAAUUAGUCAUCAAAUCAACCAGGAAAAUUUCACAAUACUGAGGAAGUUUUCACUCAUACCAUGGCGCUUAGGUUUGUGGUUGGAGGAAACCCAAAUUUUCAAAGUACCAUAUCUUACAAACAUCGUAACUUCAAACCAAGCCCAAUCAGCGAAAGCUGGAUUCAAGCCUUCGACACUUCGAAGCCUUGGUUAGGAAUAAUAACGGUUUACUUGAAUGAGCCAGCGAUGGGAUCCCAAUGGAUGCUGCUUAUGUAUGUAAAACAUUACCGUAUUAAGCCACAUUUGCAUUAAUGUAGAAAUAUAUUUGAGCUGGUUGAUGAGUUUUCGAGAGGUGCCACCAUCGCUGGGCUGGCCUAGUUCUCUAAUGGGUUCUCCUAGAAUCCUCUUGACUAAUGGACUCGAGUUUGAAUUCUUAGUCUUACAUUUCCAAAGAACCUCCAAAAUGCUUUCAUUCCGGAUUUCAAGCACUUCCGGAACAGUGCAGUGUAUCCAAGGUAGAGUCGCUCAAAAUUAUAUGCUUUUCAGAGAUAUUUAAUUUUUUCCCACAAACAUCUUUAGCCUCAUCAGAGCUCGAAACCACCUAUCCAGAUAACCUGAAUCACAUUUAUUUAUCAAAUAAUUUUACUUGUAAAAAAAAUGGUCUCUAGCUUGUUUAAUGGUUCCGAGGAUUUUGUGGAAGGCAUGAUUAUUUUACCUAGGCGACCUAAAUGAAGAAUUUUCUUGAAUUUCCAUUUAUCAGACACUCUUUAAAUAUUUCAUCCAAACAUUUUGUACUGAAAAUGAUAUAGAUUUGAAAAGAAACUCGUUUAUCAGUCACAAGAUCAAGAAUACGUACAAACAUCAAAGACCGGUGAUGUUUUUUAUGUUAGGGUAAUUUGAUUUAAAACAUAUGCUCUCAGAGGCCGGGUUAAUACAGUAAUACCUUAUCUGACCUUUGUUUUACGUUUGCACUAAAUUAUUUUACGUAUAUUAUUUUGUAUUCCGCUAAGAUAGUUAUUGUAUCUUGGUUUAAUCCAAACAGGACUCGAAUCUAUAAAUCAGAUUACAGUAUUUACAGAUGACGGUAUGUGUGAUCAGGAGGCCAAGAUGAUGGUUCUCGUACCUUGUAGUUACAGUGUCGAUCAGAUAGCUUCAUAUGCUUACAUAUCACUCUUACUUUAGAACAUAUUUACAUCAUUUUAAUGAAGUCGAUGUUUCAUCCCUCAUUUUAUUAACUUGUUUUUUUUUUAUUGUUUUAUUGUGUACAUAUAUAAAUGAACCGUAGAACUGUAUUUACUUCUUACUU